AUGGAUUUCGAUGAUCAAAAUGGUACACCGAAUCAACUAAAUCCACUGGAACAGACAAUAUCAUCAUUAAAUAAUACAAAUGAUUUUUUCAGUACCGGACAGGAACCUACUGAAGAAGUAUUUAAUGAAGAACUAAUCUUAGAUGAAACUUCUCGAGAAUAUCUCAAAUUUGGUUUUAAAAAAGUAGCAAAAAAAAAUGAUUAUAUUCGUAUUGAAGAAAUAGGUGAUGCAUUUCGUCAUGCUGGACAAAAUCCACCAGAAGAUGUUAUUAAAGAUAUGAUUGAAAAAGCUACAGCUCUUAAAAAAUUAAAUCAAAAUCAAAUGAAUGAAGAUGAUUUUAAUGAUCAAUUAUCAUAUCCGGAUUUUUUAACUAUUGUACAUGAAUAUUGGUAUCCAAUAGAUCAAGAUAGAGUACGUUUAGAAGAAGCAUUUGAUAUUCUUGAUCCUAAACAUACAGCUAAAUUAUUACUUGAUGAUUUUACUAAUUUAUUACGAAAUUGUGAUUGGGCAGAAGAUGAAAUUGA